UCAUUUCAAUGGAGGUGAUUGAUGACGGGUGAAGGGCAAAAUGGCCACUCUCCAACUUUUCAGCUGUUCACUGCUGACCUCUCCACAUUCGGUGCUUCUCACUUCACCCCUUCGCCGUUGUAGUUUACCAUUAUUUUAUGCGUUUCACAUCCCUUCCGUUCUACGAUGAAAGCACCGAGAAGAUGGUUCAAUUUGAUUCCAUGUGACAUUUAAAACCCUCCCCCGAGCACCGUUCGUUUUUUGACCCUUUUACCCUCCCUUUAGAAAAUAUGCUCUGGUGUAAUAAUAAUUUUACAUUAAAUUAUGAUUCGGAUGUCUAAGCCUGUUCCUAGCAGAAAUGACUCCGCAGCCUGGUGAUGCUGAGCCUCCGAAUUUCAUCACUGCCACCAUGAGCAUAUUCUUGGCCGUUUCACCUACGACUACCUCAAGAUUACAUAAACGUUGUCGAAGUUUGAACCAAAUGGACAAGAUAGGAUUAAGGCCUGAUAAUUGUUUGAAUGUUCCGCUCCAACAGAGGCGGCACAAUUUGGCAAGAUCCCAGGUGAACAGUUCAGAGUAUUUCAGUGUGUCAUUUGAAAUUGGAGGGCAGGAUUCAUCCGGCCAUGAAUUUUUGCUCGCUCUCAAAGGUGUAUCUCUUGCGGAAGCGUUGGGCCCUGUUUGCACGCGGAGAGGAGUUGAAUUGUUUAACGUGGAAGUCAUGCUUGAACAAUACAAAACUCCUUUGCCAGUUUUGACGACCGACACUGCCUGGCUUGGUGGGAAACACAUAACUAUUAGAGGUAAUUUUUCAGAAAAGGACAUCUCAGAUACAAAAUCAAAUAAACUCUUCGGCCACCCUUCUCGGAAAACAUCCAGGAGUUGUAAAGGGAGGACGAGCUUUUUCAGCGUAAGCACAGAAGAUGGUAUAUCAGGGAUUUCUGAUUCAGGAUCACUGUCAGUUGAGAGCAAACUAAGAGGGACCAAGCAACGAUGGACCACCCUUUUUGGAAACUCCAAAGAUAGCAAGAUGGAGUUACUUGUUGAAAAACUUAACAACUACAGCAAAUAUGGGAUCCCUCAGUUAAGUAAUAAAAACGAUGAGGAUUUAGAAGAAUCUCUUUACAAACUUGAAGAUGACUGGAGAGAAAUUGUAUCUAAGAUACUUAACAUAACUGACAGUGAAAGUCAUCAGCAGGCGGCAAUUUGGGAAUUGAUUCAAACCGAAGUAGCUUAUAUUCACACUCUGAAACUGGUUACAGAUCUUUUUUUGGCCUGUCUGAUCAACCUACAGAAGUGCAAUUUACUGACUGACAUAGAGAAAAACCGUUUGUUCAGCAACAUAGAGGACAUUUCAAAGUGCAAUCUCGUACUAUGGGCAAAAUACCUUCUUCCUAUGUUGGCGGCAGCUAGAGAAACGUCAGCCCUGCUCGACCCAAAUUUUCUUCUUGAAGCUUUUCUAAAAUGUGAGGAAGUUUUUGCCCCUUAUGUUUUGUACUGCUCUGAACAAAGUGAAUGCCAAAAAUACUGCAGAGAGAAAACACAGUCGAAUGAAAUGUUUACUGCUUACUUGGCGUGGUGUGAGACUCAGAAGGACUGUCACAGAUUGCGACUUAUUGAAAUGCUCGUAAAACCCAUGCAACGUCUCACUAAAUAUUCACUUCUCCUUAAAGCGAUAUUGAAACACACUUCUUUAGAGAAGCAGAGAGAAAAUUUAGAAAUUAUGAUCGAACGAAUGGAUUCAUUUGUAAACAACGUAAAUACCACUCUGAGACAAAAAGAAGACAUGGAAUGUCUUAGAAGUUUGAUGUCGAGAAUUGAAGCAUAUGAUGUUAUAGAAACCAAAGACGACGACUUGGACAAAUUGAUAAAAAUCCACAAUGAGCUUGAUCUCAAAAAAUCAAUGCCCGGGUGCAACCCGCUUCACAAGAGACAACUCAUCGCAGAGGCUGAUGUCAAGCUCAAAGACUACAAUACAAGCAAAAUAGAAGUCCACUGCAUACUUCUGACAGAUAUGCUCCUUUUGUGUAAAUACACAAGAGGCUCCCAGUUAAAGAUAAUCCGUCCCCCAUUCCAAGUGAAUAGAUUAAUAGUUCAGGAGCUGGCCAGAGAUACACCAACAUUGGCCUGUGUGUACCUUUCAGAAUACUCAACGCCAAUAUCGGCAUUCCUUCUUAUAUCUCCAGAUUCCAAAGUUAUAAAGAAUCUCGUGAUGUGCAUCCAUAGAGCAGAAGGACUGUACAAUGCGGCUAAACAAGCAAGUGACGACACUUGGAGAGUAGAGCCUGAUUCGAAUAGCGGCUCUGUUGAAAUGGCUGAAGGAUGUUCACCAAUAAGCAAUGUUUCAAGGGGGCUUAGCGUAGAAUCAGAAGUCAGGCCAUUCUCUCACAGCUCAGAUGAAGCUAUACCUCAUACUGAUACACUGAGGGUAGUGGUGCCUCAGCUUGGUCAGUCCUUACCUGAUUUGAAAGAGGCGAGUCGGAGAUGGCUAGCUCCGCCGCCUCGACCGUUGGUACCACCACCAGCCCCUCCUCGCGGAGCUUCGUAUCCACCACCGUCGCCGCCGCUGAGGAGGUCUCCAGCCAUCAGACACAACACAAUGGAUCGCCCUGAACAGUAAUCUGUUGUUCGUUUACUCGUUUCUUAAUGGCAAGGUGCCACAAAACAAACUA